UCGAAAUACUUCCGCGUUAUCAACUCAAGCUAUUUCAACGACUUAACGACUAGGCAUAGACCGACCGAUCGAAAAUCAGUUGAAAAUCAGCUUAAAAAUGAAGAUUUAGAUCCGUUAACCUAUCAAUAUAUUAUCGAAGAAGCUCGUCGUGAUCCGAUAUCAGAUAUCCAGGUUCGAAAAGUUUUACACUUCCAAUUCAAGCACGCCGAAAUUCAUAUCGCUCGACCUCGAUAUUCCGCGAUCAGUUAAUCAAUCAAUUAACCGAUCGUCCGGAAUCGGCCUUCGCUGACCUUCGUUCCCCCUGGCACGUGCGCCCCACGCGAUGCACCGACCGCUGACACCGCGAUGCCACCGCCUCCCCGACGAUCUCGCGAUCAUAGACAUUCGGGCGCGCGUAGCCGACACGCGUGUCCCCCUCUCCCUCUCGCUCGUCCGCCCUUCUAUCUAUCUAUCCGUCCGUCCGCCACCUCUCGCGCGAUCUCGUCUCCGUCCUCCGUCUCGGGCCGAUACCGCUCGUCCGCGAUACCGGUUUAACGCAUGCCACCGUGGAAGUAUCACAGACCACGGAGUCGAGUCCGUGAAAGAGUGGGCGGUGUGUCAAGCGAGAACCUGAAUCGUCAAGGAUGUCGCGAUCAUGUCGCCUGAUCACCACCGUUAUGCUACCAUACCUGAUUCGCGCCAUUCUCGCAGACAAUUGCUCCAUUUCGUCGUACCAGUGCGGUCUCACGUGUCCGAUUUUCGAGCGUAACAAUGUCUGUCCGUACAGCAGAAUGCCGGGCCAACUGGAGGAGGUCAAAGGGAAGCGUGCCACCUUCGGCAUGGGCUGCUUCUGGGCGGGAGAUUCCCUCUUCGGAGCACUGCCUGGCGUCAUCAGGACCUGCGUCGGUUAUGCCGGUGGCACCAAGGAGUCUCCGGUGUAUAAAAAUAUGGGAGAUCAUACAGAGGUUAUCGAUAUUGAAUAUGAUCCAGAACUAGUGUCUUAUUCAUAUUUGUUGAGCUUAUUUUGGAACAAUCACGAGUAUGGUCUAACAACGAAGAUUAAGAGACAGUAUAUGUCAUUGAUUUUAUAUCAUGAUGAAGAACAAAAGUUGCUGGCUGAAAAAUCUCGUGAGCAGGAACAGAGGAAGCGUGGAGAAGUCUUUAUCACGGAAAUUAAGAAGUUUACUAAGUUCUAUCCAGCCGAAGAUUAUCACCAGAAAUAUCGCCUACAGAGUCAUCCGUGGUUGAUCGAGACAAUGGGUUUCACCACACCAGAACUUUUGCGUACUUCUCCAUUGGCAGCCAAGUUGAACGGCUAUAUAGCAGGCGCGGGCACCCUUGAACAAUUCGAGAGGGAAUUGCCAAAUUUAGGAUUAAAUGAGAAGGCGGUGCAAUAUUUAACAAAGUACAUUAUCAAGAAUCAGGGAAAUGGUUUAUAUUGCUAGCAAAUCUAGGAAAAAUAAAAAAUAUUUUACUAUAAUAGACGUAGGCUGGGCAUAUUUGAUUUCUUCACAAGAAGAGAGCCGCACGACACAGCCUGAUACAUAUACUGAAUAUUACAAAUAUUUGGAAUGUUUUUACUUGGAUACUUCUUAUAUCAAGUCAUUUGUAACAUUCUCUGUAGUCGUAAUAUGUGAAGUAUGCCAUAAUUCAUGUUCGCGCGCGAUCUUAAUUUCAGUGGCAUGCUCGCUGAUUGAUUUGAAGUCGAUUUUUUUCUUAACUGAAACAUAAAGCUGUUUUCCAAGUUAUAUAAAUUCCCAGGGGAUACCAAGGAAAUUUAAUUAAUUUUUGCUACAAAGAGAUUGUUUUUAUUUGUUUUACAUUAGUUAGAAAAAAGUGCGACAAUAGCUCUUACAAAUUGUGAUGUCAAAAGUAUUUGCUCUAUAAAAUUAAUAGAAAUGUGACAAAAGAUUUAUCAAAUUUUGUUAUCAGUAAUAAAGCAGAAUCUUCAAAUCUAUAUUAUUCAGAAUAUAUAUAUUUGAAUUUUUAUU